AUGUGUGGUUUCAAGUCUCACUUACACGCCAUACGUCGUCGCAGACAAUACAGAUAUCCUUCUGCCGAGGAGACGCUCAACCAUCCAGCCUACCCAAGCACUAUCUGGGCGCUAGAGCCUCACUCCCAUGGCAGAGUCUCAGUAGCCCAUGGCCGUGGCGGUCCAGUCGACAUUUCUUGGGAAGUUCAUGGCCAAGGACCCGUCAGACUCGUGCUUAUUAUGGGUUUAGCAGGACUCAAGGUUGCAUGGCAGCGUCAGACCAAGUACUUUGGCCAUGAUCGAGGCGACAAGUACUCUGUCCUGAUCAUCGACAAUCGCGGUAUGGGCGGCAGUGAUAAGCCCAUAGGUGUCUACUCUACCAGUGGCAUGGCGCUCGAUGUCAUCGAAGUCAUCGACCAUGUUGGCUGGAAGGCUGAGCGUGAAAUCAACCUCGUUGGUAUCUCAAUGGGCGGCAUGAUUGCCCAGGAAGUCGCUAUUCGCAUCCCAACACGUCUGCAGUCGCUCUCGCUCGUCUGCACAUCAGGCCGUGUUCAAAACACAAAGGGUUACUGGGAUACUAUCACAGAGCGAUUCAGCAUGUUCGUUCCUAAAUCCAUGGAGCGCAGCAUUGUUGACACAGCUCUUCGGCUCUUCACUCCCGAGUGGCUCGCUGCACCAGACGACGAGGUCUUGCCUGAACCUGGCGUUACCACGCGAUGCAGUCCACCAUCGCCGGAAGCUGGUGCAACGUAUCGUCUCUUUGACUCCAACUUCCAGCGGUUCCAAGCCCAGGAGCUAUACAAGAAGAGGAACCCAGAACUGUUUUCACAAACCAUGCUUAUGUGUCAGCUUGCGGCGGCGGGUUUACACAACAAAACAGACCAGCAACUGCUCGAGAUAGCAGAGGCUGUUGGCUCUGAGCGAAUCAUGGUCAUGCACGGGAGACGUGAUGAAAUGAUAACUUUCCCCAACGGCGAACGACUGGCCAAGUUGCUGAAGCCAGCAGCUGUGCGUUUUAUGGAUGAUAUGGGGCAUGCACCCAUUAUGGAGCGGACACAGUGGUUUAACAGUGUCUUGGAGGAGCACCUGAAUAUGUUGACCAAGCCGAAGGAGGAAUGA